GGCGGCCACCAAGCGUGUCGUGGCCCAGCUGCGCCCACUCAAAUCCCUGCACAUCUGCGCAGCGGUUCUGCCGCCGCAGCCAUGUACAGCAGCACCAGCCCCACCGGCCUGUUCCGCGUGCAGCCGAUCUGUACGGCGUCGCAGCAACAGCUUCUGGCGGCCAUUGACCGCAAGGUUCCGGUGGAUCUGCACGCCGCCGCAGAGGGGUCCGGUGACGGCGCCCUCAGUGAUGCCGAGCUGAUGGCAGCGCUGGCUGGCUCCGCCAAUGAUGCCCACGAUGGCGGCGAAAUGGCGGCGGCGCUGCCUGCUUCCUGGCGGGAGGGCAUCAUUACGCUCAUCUACAAAGGCAAAAGCCUGGACCGCGCCGAGCUGGCUGGGGGUGUCAACCACGUCGACCUGCCUGCGUUCCUGUCUGCCCUGCAAGCUAAGACCUUCGCCCUCCUUGCCCAGCCAGGCCGGCAAACCUGGAAGAUGCUCAUCCGGGCGCUGCUUACUCAUGUGCGCCCGGACUCCGCCACCACCAUCCACCGCAGCGCCGGCCGCGCCGGGGCUCCGGAGGGCCUCGGAGGUGUCGACUGCUGCCAGCGCUCCAGUAGAGAGGUCGGCCAGGUUCAAGCCAAGGUCUAUUGUCAGGGGGCUGAUCCAGUCAGCUCGCAGCGGGAGGUCGCUCCCCGCCUGCGCCGCUUGGAGGUGGAGGAGGCGGCGCGUAAUUACGCCUAGCCUGCCGUUAUCGUUCAGCGAAAUCAUGAGCAGUCUGGAGGCGCGUUGUACAUACUCUUCGCGGAGCGAGCCUAUUCCUAGGCCCCCCAUCUCGGCAGGCAGAAGGAUGGCGCGGGUGGCGCAGUCACGUGGUAGGCCGACGCACCGACGGGUGAUACCCGCGAUUUGGGCGUCCAGUGCCCGGAUAUCGUGUUGCGUGUAUGCCAUGGCUGGGAGGGAGUAAGCCACUUUUGCUUUGAGGCAUUGUUUGAUGAGCAUGUAGCACUGGCGAGGGAGUUUUUUGUACUUGCUCAGCUCUUCGCCGGCGUCAGUUAGGUCGGUUUUAACCGCCUUAAGUUGAGGGCGCCAGUCCAUCGUCAUGGUGAUUUCCACGCCGAGAUAGCGGUAUGAUUUAUGUGGGGACACGUACGGCAAGGCUAUCUUGGUGAGUUUUCCAUCCUUGACGUUAGAGCCAAUGUGGAUUUGGCCAUCCAGGAAGCGUUUGAGGGUGCGUUCGCAGGCGGGGCCUUUCAUGCUUUUGUCUGAACUGUUGGCACUUGCGAAGCUGUGGAGGAUGCCUGUGCAGGCGCUCUUGUCGCGGUUGAUGCGCAUACCUCCCCAGGCGGCGUAUCGCGCAAUUUUGUCAGUUUGGCACCGGAGGUUAUCACGGGAGUUGGCUGCUAGCGCCAGGUCAUCCGCGUAGCCUAGUGAUGAACAGUUGUGUUGGUCAUUCUCACUGUUUGUGAGGCAGCCGUAUCGGUAGCCGCGGCCGCCGUAGUGGAGCCACCUCAGGAGUGGCUCGAGAAAGAUGAUAAAUAACAGUGGUGAGAGGGUAUCUCCUUGCAUGGUGCCGCGCCUUAUCUGGACGGGGGAUGUGCGGCCGUGGGCUGUGCGGAUGGUGGUGUUUGCGGUAGAGUACAGAUUGCGCACGACUUCUAUGAAGUCGGUUGGGAGGCCGAGGUGGUGCAUUACAGUGAGCAAGCGGUCGUGGUCUAUGGUGCCGAAGGCGUUUGAGAAGUCGAUGUACGCGACGUAUAGGUCGCGCUUUGUGAGGGCUGCGUCCUCAAUCACGUGCAGUAGGUUCAUGAUUUGGCGCUCCGUUCCUUUGUACUUUUGAAAGCCUUCUUGGGCUUCGCUGUGGACGAGGAGCUCAGUGCAUGCUUCGGUGGCUGCCCGAGUGACUAAACUGGUGUAGAGCUUGUAGAGCGUGUUGCACAGUGCAAUGGGUCUGUAAUUGGAGAUGGACAGCGGGUCUGCCUUCUUGUACAAGAGAAUGGUGUCGCUGGUGGACCAGCCGUCUGGUAGUUCGGCUUUAAUCCAUGCGACACAUAGGAGAGUAUGGACGGCGGCUUGUAACGCAUCUGGCAU